GCAAACAUAUUGGUCAUGGGGGAGGGUCCCGAACGAGGACGUGUGAAAAUCGCCGACAUGGGUUUUGCCAGGCUCUUCAAUUCCCCCCUCAAGCCGCUCGCCGACCUCGACCCUGUGGUGGUGACCUUCUGGUACAGGGCCCCCGAAUUACUGCUGGGGGCUCGACAUUACACCAAAGCUAUCGACAUCUGGGCCAUUGGCUGCAUCUUCGCCGAGCUGCUGACGUCAGAGCCCAUCUUUCACUGUCGCCAGGAAGACAUCAAGACCAGUAACCCCUUCCAUCACGACCAGCUAGACAGAAUAUUCAGCGUCAUGGGCUUCCCGGCAGACAAGGACUGGGAGGACAUCAGGAAGAUGCCGGAGUACCCCACGCUUCAGAAAGACUUCAGGAGAACAACGUAUGCAAACAGCAGCCUCAUCAAAUACAUGGAGAAGCAUAAAGUCAAGCCCGACAGCAAGGUUUUCCUGUUGCUCCAGAAACUCCUGACAAUGGACCCCACCAAAAGAAUCACAUCUGAACAGGCGCUGCAGGACCCCUAUUUCCUGGAGGACCCCUUGCCAACCACUGAUGUGUUUGCCGGCUGUCAGAUCCCCUACCCAAAACGAGAGUUCCUAAACGAAGAUGAGCCGGAGGAGAAAACGGAGAAGACCCAGCAGCACCAGCAGACCACAGGCCAAACCCAAAACCAGGCCCAGCAGCAGGCAGGAGCCCAGCAGGCCCCCUCCCAGCAGAGCUCGGCCCAAACCAAUGGCACCACUGGAGCCACGGGAACCACCACCGGUGGGGGCCUCCAGCACGGCCAAGAACAGGGGCCCCCAAACAAGAAACCUCGUAUCGGACACUCUGGCGCUGCCUCAGGCACUGGGGUGCUUCAGUCAGAGUACCAGGUUA